GAUGAGAUCAAGAUUUGGAUUCGUGUCGUGAAAAAUUGAAAGUGGUAGCAGGUUGUUGAAUUGAAAUCCAAGUAGAAAGAGAGAAGAAGAAGAAAAAGGAAGGCACAGUUAGGUUUGCGAUUGAUCGAUCAGAAUGGGAGAUCAAGCGGAGGGAACGGUCCAGAACGUUCUAGAACAGGAGUCGCUGAAGUGGGUCUUCGUGGGCGGCAAGGGCGGCGUGGGCAAAACGACAUGCAGCUCAAUCCUCUCCAUUCUCUUCUCCACCGUUCGCUCCUCCGUCCUCAUCAUCUCCACCGACCCCGCCCACAACCUCAGCGACGCUUUCCAGCAACGCUUCACCAAAACCCCCACUCUCGUCAACGGCUUCUCCAACCUCUACGCCAUGGAGGUCGAUCCCACCGUUGAACACGAGGAUGUGGGCGGCUCCGAUGGCAUGGACAGUUUGGUCUCCGAGCUCGCCGGUGCCAUUCCCGGAAUUGACGAGGCCAUGAGCUUCGCUGAGAUGUUGAAAUUGGUGCAGACAAUGGAUUAUUCUGUUAUUGUAUUUGAUACUGCUCCCACUGGCCAUACACUUAGACUGUUGCAAUUCCCAUCGGUUUUAGAAAAGGGUCUUGCAAAAAUGAUGUCUUUGAAAAAUAAAUUUGGUGGCUUGUUUAAUCAGAUGACUCGCAUGUUUGGAAUGGGUGAGGACUUUGGAGAUGAUGCAAUUCUUGGGAGGCUUGAAGGCAUGAAGGAUGUAAUUGAACAAGUUAAUAAGCAAUUCAAAGAUCCAGACAUGACAACCUUUGUCUGUGUGUGUAUUCCCGAAUUUCUCUCUCUAUACGAAACAGAAAGAUUGGUUCAGGAACUUACAAAGUUUGAAAUUGACACGCACAAUAUCAUCAUCAAUCAAGUAAUCUUUGAUGAUGAAGAUGUUGAAUCCAAGUUACUCAAAGCAAGAAUGAAAAUGCAACAGAAAUAUUUGGACCAGUUUUACAUGCUGUAUGAUGACUUUAACAUUACGAAGCUGCCAUUGCUCCCAGAAGAGGUUACUGGGGUUGAAGCUCUCAGAUCAUUUUCAAGACAUUUUACAUCACCAUAUCAACCCUUAUCUAGUACAGUAAACCAAGUAGAACGGUUAGAGCGUAAAGUAGCAGCACUAAAAUGCCAGUUACAUGAUGCGGAAGAAGAAUUGGAGAGACUCAAACAGGCUUGAUGUUCUCCAUUCAUCAAUUGUAUGCCUUUUUGGUUCGUAUUAUUUUUUAGUUUACAUCUGAUAAAGCAUUUUUUUUCUUUGUUGGGCUGCCAACACUACCCAUUCUCUAUUUGCUUUUAUUUAAUUAAUGUCACAACGAGCUUUCUUAUGUAAACCUCCCCCCAAAAAUGCUAAGGUUAGUCCAAUUUGUUUCAUGAAUAUUCUUGUAGCCUUCAUAUUACGAAUCGGAUAAUUUCUUAUUGAUAUUCUUCCUUGUUUUGUUUUA